CCCCUCAAGAAGUCUCGAGCGCGGCGACUAGGGUUAGCCUCAUCGACCUCCGCGGCGGCGGCGCCGGCGGCGACUGGGUUACUCGUGGCGACGGUGGCUUGGGAUUCAUGGCGCACGUAGAGGAGGAGGAGGUCGUGGACAUGGAGCCCCUCUUCUUUAGUGAGGCGUACGUCGCGAAGAUGGUGGCGGAUGCGGAGGAGGAGGAAGAGAGGUGUCGGCGGGAGGAAGAGGACAAGAUGCGGAAGGAGAAGGAGUACCGGCGGAGACGCGAGGCGCACGAAGCGGUCAUGGACUCCAUCAUCCAGCACGAUCCCAAGGUUGAGCGCGACGUCUACACCCGGUUCUUUCUCAGAGAUUUCUCCGUCUUUGACAUCGAUGAAGAGUCGUCUGUCCCUCCAAUGCGAUACACUGAUAGUAUCUACGAAGAUGAAUUUGGGCUAGAAGACUCUGCAAACAUCCUCUCCGUCAGCAUAGUCUCCUCAGAUGUAGGCUUCCCAGUCAAUGUCUAUGGCUGUGUCAUUGCCAGAGACAGCAUUGACUACAAGUGCAUUUAUCUCUUUCACCGCAAUAGAGAUGAUUGCCAGCGUCUCAACGAGGAUGGAAUGCUGAUUUUAACUGGCCCAUAUCGAGGUCUAGUGCUGGUUGAUUUCAUCUAUCUAGAGAUAGAUCUUAAAAUAAGGGAAGAAGGAGUUCCAGACAGGCCAUUUAGCAAGGGUCUAAUAAGCAUUGAUGGCCGAGUACUGUCUAGAGAGAAAGAUGUCAUGGUUAGAAGUGAAACCCUUGAGAGCUGGCUCAGCACUACAGAAGUGAGAUUCACAACUGUCCUGAACGCAGUCGAAUGCACCUUUGAAAUCAAGCUCAUUGAGGGGCUUUUUAAAGGAAAUAUAACAGUUGGCAUUGCGGAUAAAGCUCGCAAGCUGGACAAUGAACAAACGAUUGUGAUUCAUGAUAGCACAGCAGAUGGCGUGGUUACAAGUGAUGAAAGUGGAGUUAUCAAACUCCGGCGAAGUGUCAUUACUAUCUGUCUGGAAAGAAAUGUGAUGUUUCGCAUAAAUAAUGAGGCUGCUGGUGUUUGUGCUGAACGAACCUUUGAUUUAAGUCCACGGCGCACUGGUGCAGAUGAAUUGGAAAUUACGUGUGGUGCUGGGAAGUUCGGAUUCAGGGUCGUCUGGUCCUUGAUGGACUUUAGGCUGUAAUCUUGUGCCUUUAUAAACCAAGUUGAACUAAGUUAUAUCGCGAGUCAGUGAUGUAAUGGAUCAAGUAGAUGUAGUGGACUGAGUUAUAUCGUGGUGGAAUGAUGCAGUGAACUAAGUUAAUCGUGGUGUAAUAAUGCAGUGAACUAAGUUAAUUGUGAUGUAAUGGUGUGGUGCACUAAGUUAUAUUAUUGUUAUUAGGUAACUUGAUGGAUUAUAAGUAAUGAUGUAGCGAACUAAAUUAUAAUGUAUUAUGGUGGCGUGUUAUACCGAAUUUGUUGGUUUAAUUUUUUGGCAUA